AUCUAGCCGCUUCGUCUGCAAUCAAAACAUUUGGUGUUCGUGUUUGUUUACUGUCCGAGUCCGUAUUUAUUUGAUGAUUUAAUACCCUUUGCGCCACAAAAUGCAGUAUUGUGCAUCACCUGCGACACGUCUUUUGUCUGUGCCCUAGCACAGCGAGAAGGCAGACAACAUUUCGAAAAAUCUGUAGCAUAAUCAGCAACAAAACCAGCAGCAUUUUUUCGCACCUUCCCGGCGCCAUGGCCGUACAUGCGGGUGCUCCGAAGAGAAAAGAAAUUUACAAAUACGAAGCACCAUGGACAGUGUACAGUAUGAACUGGAGCGUAAGGCCCGAUCGCCGAUUCCGUCUGGCACUUGGGAGCUUCAUAGAAGAGUACAACAACAAGGUGCAAAUAGUCUCUCUGGACGAAGACACCUCGGAGUUUCUGCCGAAGAGCACCUUCGAUCACCCGUACCCCACGACAAAAAUUAUGUGGAUACCAGACACCAAGGGAAUUUUUCCUGACCUGUUGGCAACGAGCGGCGACUACCUGCGUGUGUGGCGCGCUGGCGACGACACCCGCCUCGAGUGUUUGCUCAAUAACAAUAAGAACUCGGACUUCUGUGCACCGCUGACGUCGUUCGAUUGGAACGAAGUGGACCCCAACCUACUGGGAACCUCGAGCAUCGACACUACUUGCACUAUCUGGGGACUCGAGACAGGGCAAGUGGUUGGUCGCACCGGCCCGAUUGCUCCCUCCCAGCAUCAUCACCACGGCGGAGGAGGUCCACCAGCGCCAUCGGUCUCCGGACACGUCAAGACGCAGCUCAUCGCCCACGACAAGGAAGUGUACGACAUAGCUUUCUCCAGGGCUGGAGGUGGCAGGGACAUGUUCGCCAGCGUCGGAGCAGAUGGGUCUGUGCGGAUGUUCGACUUGCGCCACCUGGAGCACUCCACCAUAAUUUACGAGGACCCUCAACACCAGCCCCUGCUGCGACUGGCUUGGAACAAGCAAGAUCCCAACUACUUGGCCACUUUCGCCAUGGAUGCGUGCGAGGUCAUCAUACUGGACGUCAGGGUGCCGUGCACCCCAGUUGCUCGCCUCAACAACCAUCGCGCCUGUGUCAACGGCAUUGCCUGGGCACCGCAUUCUUCAUGCCACAUCUGCACUGCAGCGGACGACCACCAGGCCCUCAUCUGGGACAUCCAGCAGAUGCCGAGGGCGAUCGAAGAUCCCAUCCUGGCCUACACAGCCGAGGGCGAGAUCAACCAGAUCCAGUGGGCGUCGACGCAACCCGACUGGAUCGCCAUCUGCUACAUCAGCUGUCUGGAAAUAUUGAGAGUGUGACUAAGUGCCCGGCCCUCCCACCAGCAGCUACUCUAGAGCACGUUGCGCACGUGUUGUAGUUUUUGCGUGGGAAACGCGUUUCUAAAGAAGGCCGGGCGCCCAAUGGGCUCAACGUGUGUUUUGUGGACUGGUGGUCUUUAUUCCGUAGCCGAGGAGGAGGCGACGGUACUUACCCCUCCCCCCUUUUUUUUUUACGGACCUUUUACCGAGUUAGUGGGAACUGCGGGACGAACUAUGCACUAGUAGACUGGAGCCCGAAAGCUCGCCCCCUUCGUGCUGAUCGGACAUUGAUCGGGCAUUGAUCGGACGUUUAUCGGACAUUGAUCGCACGAGUUUGCUGCAAGUGUUAUUGUGCCAAGAUCUCGAGACGUGAUGUGCGAAUCGCAUUUGACGUGACAGACACCCCGUGGGGUGAUGGGUUAAGGAUGAAUUGCUGAAGCGGAUGCUGAGGUACCGGGCAUUGAGCUUACAUUUGGCUGAAAUUUGUACGGUGCACUCUUUUUAUUACCGUUUUAUGGCGAGCCAUUUCUAAUUUAUUUUGUAUUGCCGUAACACCGCGUAAAAUGUACCCAUCGUCAUUGGUUGCUGUACAGUAAGACAUCAAAAUAAAUUCAAAGAGAUUGA